AAAGAACCAUACUUAUAUAUUCUAUAUAAUAUAUUUUUAGUAAUAUGGCUCAAAUCAUCGAUGGAAAAGCGAUUGCUGCACAAAUUCGUGGUGAGCUGCGGGACGAAGUCAAAGAGUUUACCGCUGCUGGUAAUCGAACGCCACAUCUUACAGCUAUACUAGUUGGUGAGGAUCCUGCUAGUCAGACAUACAUACGCAUGAAAAUGGACGCUGCUAAAGAAAUUGGCAUAUCAAGUGAAACAAAACGUUUGCCUAAACAUACCACAGAAGAAGAACUUCUUAAUAUAAUAGAGCAAUUAAAUAAUGAUUCUACAAUUGAUGGUAUUUUAGUGCAAUUACCAGUGCCAGAGCAUAUGAACGAACGUAAAAUUUGUAAUGCUGUGCACUACGAGAAAGAUGUAGACGGCUUUAAUGAGCGCAACGUGGGACGUAUGUGUCUUGACAUGAAGACAUUGAUGCCAGCUACACCGUAUGGUGUUAAAGUCUUAUUGGAACGUUUAUGUAUCGAAACCUUUGGUAAGAAUGCUGUAGUUGUUGGACGUUCAAAAAAUGUUGGCUUACCGUUAGCGAUCUUGUUACAUGGGGAUGGUCGACAUGAAUCAAAACCAAUGGAUGCCAACGUCACAAUUUGUCAUCGCUUCACACCACCAAAGGAAUUAGCCAAGCACUGUCGUAAUGCUGAUAUUAUCGUAACAGCUACUGGUGUGCCUGGAUUAAUAAAAAAGGAUAUGAUAAAACCAGGUGCUUGUGUAAUUGAUGUGGGUAUAACACGUAUUACGGAUGAAAAAACAGGCAAAACGAAACUUGUCGGUGAUGUGGAUUUUGAUGAAGUUCGUCAAGUUGCAGGACACAUAACGCCAGUGCCUGGUGGUGUAGGACCCAUGACUGUUGCUAUGCUAAUGCGUAAUACUAUCGAAGCUGCUAAAAAUUUGAUAAGUAAGAAUAUCAAAUGUAAUGGUAAUUCACAUUAACCUCAAAACAUAAAUCCAGUAUAUGUUUGUCAACUAAAUGGAUACAAACUAAGAACAUUACUAGUAUUUAUAGCUCUUUAACUUUUAACUUACUUUGUUAUGGUAAACAAGUUUUGCAAUAGAAAUGAACUCUUUCUAUAAAAAUAUAUCUAGUAUUUUAAAGCUCUCUUUGAAUUUGUAGACGUAUAUAUAUAAUAAUUAAAUUCAUUUUGAUGCCUUAAUAUUAAGUAUUAACUAAUGACUAUUUUUACAAAAUAUAUAUACACAUGAUAUAUUAUAUGACAUACAAUAAUCGAAUAGUGAAGAUUAUACCUCACCUAAAUGCAUA